AUGCUUCAUGGACCUUGUGGCGAUUGGUGCCUGAUUGAUGGAAUUUGUUCCAAAAGAUUUCUGAAAGAUUUUCGCAAUGAAACAACAAUGGAUGAUAAUGGAUACUCUUCUUAUCGUAGACGAGAUGAAGGAAUAACAAUCUCUAGAAAUAAUUCUGUUUUUGAUAAUCAAGUUGUUUGCUCGGUAACAGCAGUCAAAUAUUUAUUUAAAUACGUUUACAAAGGUCAUGAUAAAGCUGGUGUUACAAUUUCAGGUAAUAUACCAUCUGGACUGGAUCCACAAGAACAAACGACUCUUGAAACAAUAAGUAAUCCAAACAACAAUGUUAUAAAUCCUGACGAAGUUAAAAAUUUUGUUGAUGCUCGAUAUGUUGGUCCAGUUGAAGCUGCUUGGCGAAUUUUUUCUAAAAAAUUACAAGAUAAAAGUCACUCCAUUGUUCGUUUACCAGUACAUUUACCUAAUCAACAAAAAACUUUGUGGAAUGAAGUUAAAGAAGCAAAGUCCGAAGACUUUAACAGACAGGUGGGAGUUGAACGAGGACAGAAAAAGGCUUACGCAUACAUUAAUAAUAUGAUUGAACGAGAAGGAUGUAGUUUUUCUUCAUUUCCCGGUAUGCCACCAGUUGAAAAUGAUUUAUGUGAUAAUGAAUCGGUACAAAUUUUGACCCAAGACUUAUCGCAAUCAUAUUAUAAUAAAUUGAAUAUUAAUCAAAAAGAAAUUGUAGAUUUUGUUCUGAAUCCUGUAGAAAAUAACGCAAUCAAUCUGCCGAAUUGUAUUUAUAUAGAUAGACCAGGUGGUUCGGGUAAGACAUUUGUUUACACAACUUUAUGUCAUUUAUUAACGAAUAAAAAUAAGAUUGUUUGUACAAUGGCCUAUACGGGUAUUGCUGCAACUCUUUUACCCAAUGGAAAAACUGUUCACAGGACUUUUGGAUUACCUGUACCCAUGUUUUCAGAUUCUUCUUCUCAUAUCAAGCCUAACUCUCAACAAGGAAAAUAUCUCAGAACCGUAGGUGUAUUUAUUUGGGACGAAGCUCCAAUGUCUCCUAGAUAUUCUUUAGAAAUAAUAGAUCGAACUUUGCGGCACAUUAACAAUAAUAAUCUUCCUUUUGGUGGAAUGUUAAUUAUUUUAGGUGGUGAUUUUCGUCAAUUGCUUCCAGUUCAACUUCAUGCUACUAGAACUGAAAGGAUUGAUCUUUCUAUAAAAUUUAGUCCAUUGUGGAAAAACUUCCAUAAGUUUUCAUUAACACAAAAUAUGCGUGCACUUCCAGAAGAGAUAGAAUUCGUUUGGUUUUUAUUAAAUCUUGGUAGUGGAACUCUCAACAAUUUAGAUGAUAUAAUGGAUCUUCCUGAUGAGUGUUUUACUUCAAAUAACAAUGAUAUUGUAGAAAACGUAUAUGGUAGAAUAAUUAAAGGCAAACGUUAUAAUGAACUCACAACAACAGUAAUUCUGUCAGCUAGAAAUAUUGAUGUCGAUUUUAUAAAUACCCAGGUUGUUGAACUUUUAGAUUUUUCUACAGAACAUAUUUACAUCGGUGUUGACAGUACUGAAAAUUGUGACAAUGAGAACAUUGAUGACGCUAUUCUGCCUGAAUAUUUGAACACUUUAAAUCCACCUAAUUUUCCACUCUAUGAACUUAAAUUACGACAAUACUCGAUAGUAAUGCUAAUCAGAAAUAUGAAUUUUAGCGAAGGACUUUGUGAUGGUACAAUACUGAUUAUUUUGGAAUUGGGAGUUCAUGUUUUGAAAUGCGAAAUUCUAACUGGUGACAAAACUGGAGAAAUUGUUUUUAUCAAUCGAGUAACAUUGUAUUGCGAAAAUGUAUAUCCUUUUAUUUUUAAAAGACGACAAUUCCCAAUUACGAUAGCUUUUUGUAUGACUAUUAACAAAGCUCAAGGUCAAACUUUUGACAAAAUUGGAAUUGAUCUUACCAAAGACGUUUUUAAUCACGGCUAA